CUCGUCGAUGAGCCUCAAAGCUCAUACUGUCGGAGGGGUAUAUAAGCAGUCAGAUAUCGUGUCUCAAUAUACAAGACCCUUCGAAGAUAUCACGAGUCUACUUGUUCACUAGGGGCAGAAAUCUCGAUUUUUAACGCGAUUUUUAACUAGGAGCCUGUCAACAUGCCAGAAUCCUCGACAACUCUCGCAGACCGCCCUCCGAAAGCGAAAAAAGGUGGAACGGCUCUGACAGUCGUUCUUCAGCUUCUCAGCUGGACCUUGAGUCCUGUCCUUACCGAUGAACAUGCAUCUCUCUCACUCGAAAACAAAGCACAGGAACAUUUUGAAAGGCAGAAUGUAUCGCUUUCAUCAUGGUAUAAAGCUGUGUUGAAGGUGGUUUCCGAUCAUCUGGGCACCGCUACGGGUGGAUCGAGCUACAUUUCCGAUGUCCACGUCCUGGUUCCAGGCCUGCAAGACAUGUGCUGGGGAAGUCGUCUUAACCUCUAUAACAGUUUUCUGGAACCGACACCUCGUCGCAUUUCUCUGGAACCGACAUUCCAUCCGGUCCAACCGGGCUCAGCUGAGCUGCUCCGCGCUACCAUUUCUAGAAAGGAACAACCCAUCUUCUAUGUCUUCGUCACCGAUGAUCUGUUUUGGAGCCAGAACCCUUUCUGGACCGAGAUUAUUGGGGAAGAUUUAGUCGAAAAAGGCAUCGUGCUCGGCCACCCAGCCGGAGACAAUGUCGUGAAAGCUCUCACUUCGUUCGACAAGACGCUCAGCGCGACCAAUCAAGCGGAGCCCCGUCAUACACCUGGGUCUGCAGCCUCUGCAUCCUUGCAUGAACCCCACUCGAUGUCUGCUCAGGGCGAUAGUACUCCCGAGCAUGACACCGUAGACCAGCUUGAGGAGCAGCCCGAAAUCGUCGUCAACUGUAUCGGCAAACAGCUCAAUCAAAGCGGCAGAUACCGACGGUUUGUGACCACUGGAGGGACCGACGACUCCGAGUCCAAGAAAGAUACACCGACCGAGUUUUCUCCUUCUCCAAGCGUCGUACCGGUGGAGAAGGCAGCCCCGGCUCAGAAGGGUGAUGAGUUCCUCUCGUUCCUUGAGCGCGCUUUGAGUAUCUACGAGAAGGUCUGAGCGUACGAAUCGACCGGGAUCAUUAAAUUCGGAUAUAUAACCUAUCUCCAACUUCUCAUAGACACGAAAAUUACGGAGCACUUCAGUCCUUAGAAUCGGACUACGAUAUACGAA